AUGGUCAACUCCGCGUUUAGCGUGGUCAAGCGCACUUGUCUCACUUCUGUCAAGAACCGAGUAGUAGCGCAUAAUCCGCUUCCCCCAUUGGAUAAAACAGCAUUCGCAGGGCUCGGCGGUACUUCCUCAGGGUAUAAUGACAAUACUGCCGGAAUUUUGAAAGAGGGUGUAGACUCCUUAUUUUAUAGCACUACCCUGCUUACCACGCGGUGUUUGCAUGGCCUAUCGCGCGCGGGAAGACACGGCUCCGACUCCGGACAUGCCGCACCGGCAGGUCGUCAUGCUGGGCGAUCUACAUACAUGUCCUCCAGCUGCUGGUCAUGGUCGUGGUUGUUUGUUCCCGCUGCCGCUACAUUCCUGUGCCCAAAAUUUGCAGAAUACUGCCACUUCGAAAGUCUAGGAUUACGAAUCACACCACUCAGGCCUAACCUCGUAAACGAGAAAUUACUGGAACAGCAGACGAAGAUCUCUGAAGUGGGAGAAGACGAGCUAGAUAUGGCCGAGGACCAGAAUGAACACCCCCUUCGAUGGACGAUCACGCCCCAAGUCAACAACUUGAUACUAUCGCAUUGGGAGUUUGACAGCGAAGAACAGAAGCAGAGGUUUUUGCAGCAAGAUUUGACAGGUCUAGCAUGCCUUGCAUUCCCCUUCGCACUGGAGGACCGAAUAGAGCUGAUUGCACGGCUUUUCUCCAUCGUCUAUCUACUCGGAGAACUCGUGGGGGACUUGGAUGUUGAGGACGCGGAAGAGUGCUUGGACAGCCUUCAAGAAGCCGUGAAAGGGUAUUGGAAGCCGGAUCCUGACCAAGCUCCAGUAUUCGAGCACAUGACUAUCAGGUUGUUGACGAUAUUAUCGACGCGACAUGGAAGUACCUUGAGUAAGCACCUGACCUUCUACAGCCUCAGAAUAGUGCAGCGUGGGAGAAGGGCAAGACGCCUCGACGAAGUCCAAACUUUCAAGGAUUCAUUUCUUGCCGCUGGUCUGGAGUUACCUCUCCACCGCUUUGCAACAGGCAUCGUUCAUCUGAUGAAGAGUUUGAAGCAUCAGCGAUGGAGCUCAAAGAACUUUUUGCUGGACUUCGAUGAGCGAGCUACAACUAAAACAUUACACAAAUACCACCAGCUUUUGACAACCAUGAUGAGUCUUGUACGUCGUCAGUCAUAA